CCCGAAAGUGCCAUGCGAGUGUGGGCAUUGAGCCAGGGCGUAUGGUGCCUGCUCAGCGGGUCUGGUCACCGGUACGCAGUCUUGGUCCAGGUUAUCCUGCGCCGGCUCUGCGUGCUGUGUCUCCGGGGCGCUGGGAGGGUGCAGUGCGUCCUCUGCCUGCGCUCCGCUCGUGCCGGGCAACUGUGGGAGUGGAGCCUAGGGGAGAGGUGCGUGUAGUAAGCACUAGAUCUCCCGUGCUUACCCACAGCCCGGUUCAACCUGUGCCUGCACUCUGGAGGGUCCGGGCUAGAGUAGUUGUCCAGCCUGGGGAAGUGGUGCCAAGGUUGCGCACCAGAGCUCCAGUGCUUCCCCACAGCCCGGUCUUUCAGGCUCCUCCUAACACCAAGCCUCCUGAAGGUCUCCCCAGCCUGGUGGUUCCUGUGGCAGCCCCACGCACCAGGCUGUCUCUCAGUCUCCUCCCUGCAGGUGCUCCCGCCUGUCCAGCGCCGCUGCCGGAGCGUCCCGCCUGUCCGGCGCCGCUGCCGGAGCGUCCCGCCUGUCCGGCGCCGCUGCCGGAGCGUCCCGCCUGUCCGGCGCCGCUGCCGGAGCGUCCCGCCUGUCCGGCGCCGCUGCCAGAGCCCCUCAGCCCAGAGGCGCCAGAGCCCCUCAGCCCAGAGCCCCUCAGCCCAGAGGCGCCAGAGCCCCUGUCCCUCUGUCCCGAGCCCCUCUGUCCAGUGGGGUCAUUGAGAGGGGUUGCCAUGGUGAGAAAGCCACGGAGGCGGACAAUAAGGCGGACUAAGACAAUGGUAAAGUGGGGUCCGCGUCCCGCGCCAGAACCGCCACCGCGGACAGACGCCCACCCAGACCCUCCCCUAUAGGUCAAGGUUUUGCGGCCGGAGUCCGCACCUUUGGGGGGGGGUACUGUCACGUUCUGACCUUUAUUUCCUGUGUUUUGUAUUUAGUUAGUAUGGUCAGGGCGUGAGUUGGGUGGGCAGUCUGUUUGUUUUUCUAGGUUUUGGGAAUUUCUAUGUUUCGGCCUAGUAUGGUUCUCAAUCAGAGGCAGGUGUCAUUGGUUGUCUCUGAUUGAG